AUGCAAGCCCCAAUGGUCUUCUUGUGCUUCGCCUUCCUGGCCCUCACUCAACAAGGUGUCCUCUCAUCUUAUGAUCGCUCCGCCUACUCCAAUGCCGCAGCUGCCAGACGCGCGAAAGCGGCUGGUACGACUAGAGGGUCUGGUAAGCUGCAAUUCAAACCAUAUUGUAUAUUUCCCCCAAAAAAGGAACUAAAUAUUUAA